GGGAACAGUCAGCCAGGUAUUAGCUAUUGGCGGGUUCUCUCUCCUCACUUGAACGCGUAGAGCCUUCCUCUGUUUGCAUCCCACCUCUCUCCGCCUCCCAAAAGCCUCGCUGAUCAUCUGCCUCUGGCAUCUCGGUCUCGUUCCCGAGCGGCACCAGGCUCCCCGCCGCUGACCGGCCGCUGUCCCUGACACUCUGUCCUCGUCGCCGUCAUCGACUUUCCAGCCGCGGCUCCAGAAAUCGCCCGCUGCCGGCUGGCCUCUCGAGCUUCUUUGUCUUCUACUCCUUAUUCGGUCCUGAUUUCGGGCUCGAGUACGUAGCCAAGGAUUUUGAAGCAGAAGAGGGUUUGCGAGGCUAGACAUACUGGUGGCGGUGCUAAGUUUUGGGGUUUCGGCGACGCCGAGACGGCCGCGAGGGAUAUUGUGGUGGAGGAGAGAGAGGCGUAUGGGUACCGUGAGACCUCUCUUUCUCCUUUGCCUUUUGUUUUUUUUCUUCUCUUUUCUAUCGCCUCUGUCUCGCCGGAGUAAGAGCGCGGAGCAGAACGUCGAGCGCAGCGGGGCGAAGCGGGAGAGAGGCAAUGUCUACUUCACCCGAUGCAGAUUCAGUCGACGCCCUUCGCUCCCAGAUCCAUUCUCUCCAGACGACAAUCAACGAGCUGGAGAAGCAGAACGCCGACCUUCCUUCUCGACUCUCUGGAUGUUGCUGUCAAAAGAUGGAAGACAAGAUUGGAUGUGUCGUAGAGGGAGGCGGAGUGGUCGAUGGGAAUGGCAAAUCAAUGAAGCUGGACAAGAAGACUAGGAAGAAAAAAGAUUUCAAAACAGGAAUUCUCGAAUGCCAUCCAAGGCGAUAUGUUGCUCUAAGAUUGAUGUAUUUUGGGCAAAGGUUUUAUGGUUUUGCCUCUGAAGCACAAUUGGAUCCAACUGUUGAGUCUGAAAUUUUUAAAGCUCUUGAGAAGACUAAGCUUUUAGUUGGUGACAAGAAAAAGUCACAGUACUCAAGAUGUGGCAGAACAGACAAAGGAGUUUCAUCUUUUGGACAAGUCAUUUCCCUGUUUCUACGAUCAAACCUGCAACCUAAGAACACAGAUGAUGCAAACAAUUGGGGACUUUCUAUAGAUAGAGAUGUCUUAGAUGUGGAAAUUGAUUAUGUGAGUGUUGAAUCAAGUCUUACCCAAAGAUAUCCGAGUAACUGGCUGGUGUCCUGUUCCAAUUGAUUUUAGUGCAAGGUUUAGCUGUAUGAGCAGGAGUACAAAUAUUUCUUUUGGAGAGAUAAUUUGGAUAUUAGGUUUUUAUGCUAGGCAAUGGAGAGUGCAGGCCAAAAGUUUGUUGGGGAUCAUGAUUUCAGAAAUUUUUGUAAGAUGGAUGCAUUUAAUGUCCACAACUACAAGCGUCAUAUAACAUCCUUUGAACUCUCUUCUUGUGAUAAGAGGUUGGAAAGUAAUGAACUGUGGUGUUUCAAAAUUAAGGGCAGUGCAUUUUUGUGGCACCAAGUUCGUUGCAUGGUUGCUGUGAUGUUUAUGGUUGGCCAAGGUCUUGAAUCUCCUGAUGUACGUAAUAUAAGAUACUUUGCCAUUCUCUGUCUUGGUUACCAUAAGUUGAACGUAGGAAAUGGGUGAGAGAUUGUUUGAUAUCUAUUAGUUAAUGCAACAAAAUGCACGGGGCUACCAAUAUUGGACAAGACAUUAUGGAGAAAAGGCUUUAUAUGAGAUGACACUGUGCGAUCUGCAUAACCAUAUGGUGACACAAACUAAUCCAAUUUUAGUGAGCCAGUUGUUUGGCAUGUGGAAAAUAAAGAUGUAAUGUUCAAAUGCUUUGCUAACACUAAUUGGCAUGAGCAAGAAACAUGCUAUUAAAAAUUGAAGGCUCUGGAAAAAGGAAUGCAAAAUGCAUCAGAGAAAAAUUCUCAAUGUUCUGAUGGAUUCAAUAGUCCAGAUGGUCAAGCUGCUCUCGGAAUUGGUGCUAGUAAAGAGAGAGCUAAGAAGAGAAACCUUGUGCAGAAAAAUGACAUUCAGAAGAAACGCAUGGUUGACAAUGGAAAGCAAAUUAUUGCUACUUCUAAGAGCAGGUUCUAAGAGCAGGAAUGAUGAUGGCAAGCAAAUUAUUGCUGCUUCUAAGAGCAGGAAUGAUGAUGGCAAGCAAAUUAUUGCAACUUUUAAGAGACGUGGAUCGAAGAAGAAAGCUGCAAUACCUGAAAUAGGUAAUUCACAAUUAAGAAAGAGAACAAUUGUAAACAAGGGUUCACGGUUUGCCAUGGAAGAAAAUGGAGCAAAAGAAGGUUCAAAUGGUCCAAAUAAACAGAAGGUAGAUACUUUUACAUUGGCCUUUUCAUUACUGACAUAUUACGCAUAGGCAUAUAUAAGAUACUUCCUGGCAUUCGGCUGGAAUUUUAAUGGUAAAGCUGGAGGAAGAGUCGAAAACUGUAAAACUUGGUUGACAACAUUUCAUCUUUCUUCUAUUGAGGUUGAAAGACGUUGUGAUUUGAGCAGGUUCGUCAAUGUAGACCUGCUGUGUAUAAAGAUCACUUACCAGGAGGAGCCCCAUAUCCAUUGCAGCAGUUGCUCUCUAAUGAGAAGAAGUCUCCCCAAGAUAUAUCACUUGCUACUAGAAUCACCGAGGGGAUGAUUAGGAACUCCUCCAAGGAUCUGUAUCCUCACAUUUCAAAGAUAAAUACCGAGCUAGUAUGGCAAGGAAGAGGAUCUAAAGAAUUUCUGCAGCUUUUGAGUGUGUGUAGAUAUACAAUCAAAAUCGACAUUAGUUAACUUUGAGUUAGUUUUGGAAAUCAAAACAAUCUUGAAUUUUUAAUUCUUGUUAUAAAGAAUAUGGUGGUUCUCAAUUCUCACUCUUUGUAUUGUUGGAAGAUAUCUUGAAAACUGUGUUAUUCAAACUUCGAAAUGCUAUGUUCGAGUUCUUUUUGGCCCUUGACUACAGAGUACCAGUGUCAUACAAAAUACACUACUUCGAUUUUGCAAAAUAAUGUGGGCAAGAAGACGUAGCAUUGUUCAACUUUGAUGAGAUGUUGGUUUAAUAAGUUAUAAGUUCGUUCACUUUGGUCCUUUAAGCUCUCAAUUCAUGUGGUUAAA